UCCUCACGCACAUUUCUUUCUCUCCCACAUCCCUCUUUGUUCGUUCUCUUCUUCCCACCUUUCUCUCUGUUUUUUAUUUUUUCUUUCCAGAUAUCAUGGAUGAUUUUCUAGCAUAUUUGAUGGUGGAUGGAGAAGUGACCGGAAACGAUGGAGGUUUGGAAGAUACCCCUUACCUGCGACGGAUGACGGACAACGGAAAUGGAAGAAACGUGGAAGCUCUGAAUGUCGAAAAUGGGGGAGCUGUGAACGAAGAAGAUGGAGUUGCGAACGGAAAUGGUGGAUCUGUGAAUGAGGAAGAUAGAUGGUGGUCCGAACAACCCUAGGGACGAAGACUUAGGUGGGACGGGUGGCAGACCUGUGACACAAGGCGUCAAUGAAGUUUCGAUAUUUGACGACCGAGAUGAUUACAGCUGUGACGGGAAGAGAAUAGCAGGGAGAACAUGAACACAGAUGUUGGAGAAUCUCUGCAAGUAAUGCUAUGUAAUUAGCUACAUAGCUCCCAUACUGAAG